GAUAUGGAAGAUUUAAAUGUUUGUUUUACCGAAAAAGUGAAAAUUUGGUGUGCCACUUAGCAAAUCUCAGUCGGCUAGUAUUAAUGAGUUAGAAUAGAAGCGUUGAACUUCAGCAAAAAGGCAGCUUUUAACAACUUUAUGCGGUGUUUGAUGCGUCAGUGCUGAUUGGUUUUCAUUUAGAGAGCAUAUGAUGCACCAAAUCAUGUGAAUCGUCGAGUAAACCAUCAAUCUACGGUUGCUCCCUAUUGAUGGCUGGAGAAUGCAACGUUUGCUUUCCAGAGAUGACAAACUACACAGUCGACAUUGUGGAAGACCAGUGCAAGUAGCCAAAAAUCAUUGUUGAUUUGAUUUGCGAUAAAACUCCUUCCACUGUGGGAAGAUAAAGAACAAACGAACGACGAGGGAGAGGCAGAUUAUUUCAAUCGGUCAGACGCAAGCAAAUUACCUACGCAGCUAAAAAGAGGCACGCGGAAUAUUCAAUUGCAGCGUCACCACGAAACUUGCGGAUUUGAUAUCACUCAUGAUUUAAAUAUAGGCAAGCCAAUGCAAUGUUAAAUAAGGCACAGAAACUCAUACUUGGUAUUGUUUUGCUGGUACUCGUCGACAUCAUUUGGGUAUCAUCGAGCGAGUUGACAAAGUUUUUAUAUGAAAAUGAAAAUUACGACAAACCAUUCUUUUGCACUUACUUUAAGGCGUCAAUGUUCACAAUUUACUUGGUGUUCCUGGGGCUUAUUGCGCCAUGGAAGGAAAGUUGCAACAGAACUGGCAAUUAUGCGUUGAUGGAGAACGCAGAGGAAGAAGACAAUUUUUACGGGAAUGGAACAUCAAGUCUGAGUGACUCGUCGUUUAUACCGAUCAAAAAUGAGGCACAGGUGUCCGGCACGGAAAGCGACGAUUCCAGCAUACGAAGCGUUCGCUUCAGCAAGGUCGCGGAGGUUCGAGAAAUGUCACCGCAUGAAGCGACCGAGGCGCUCAUGUCAAGGCUCUCGUAUGCCGCUAGCCUGCGAGUGCGCCGUCAAAAGUCACACCACAAAACGGCACGAACGGCACUGAUGUUUUCGAUAUUGUGGUUCAUAGCGAAUUACAUGUUUCAGCUAGCCUUAGAACCCAGUGAAACCGCGAUGGUAACGUUAUUGAGUUCAACUUCCAGCUUCUUUACGCUAGUCCUAGCGGCAAUGUUUCCUUCCUCGUGUGGUGAUAAGCUAACAGUUUCUAAAAUUUUUGCAGUGCUCUUCAGUAUAUCUGGCGCGAUUAUGGUUUCGGUAUCCGAAAUCAACGAACCGAAAAUGAGCCGUGGAAUUGUAUUGGCUAUACUGAGCGCCUUCUUUUACGCCUCAUACCUGGUGCUAGUCAAGCGGAAAAGUGAUACCGAAGAGAAGAUCAAUAUUCCAUUAUUUUUCGGAUUUGUUGGACUGUGGAAUCUCUUGCUGCUGUGGCCACUUCUGUUCGUACUUAAUUUCUCGCAGUUGGAGGUAUUUGAGUUGCCUUCGCGGAAGCAGUUUAUAGUGUUAUUUUUAAACGGUUUGAUCGGAACGGUGCUGUCCGAGGCGCUGUGGCUGUGGGGUUGUUUUCUGACAUCGUCACUGAUCGGCACGGUCGCCAUAUCGCUACAGAUUCCAAUGGCCAUGCUAUUCGACAUGGUGAUACACGGAAAAACGUACCCGUUGAUGUUCUAUCUGGGUUCGUUGCCAAUGUUUCUGUCGUUGGUAUUCGUAGCGUUCCUAGUGAAAUUUGAUGACUGCGAUCCGCUGCUCAAGUUUUUCAAAUUGGUUUAUCGUCGCUUGCGGUUUUGCCGAAAACCAAACAUCGUCCGAAUACCGGACCUAGAGGAACAGCACGAGUCGUUAAUCGACGAUAGCCAUGAGAACUAGCCGUAGGAGUUACGUGGUAUUGACUCGUAUGAAGAGAAGUAGCCUGAGUAUGACCAGGACCCAGUUGACGUCGGUGUGGAGAGUGGCAAUAGGAAUUGCAUGUAUAGUCAGCGCAAAAUACACCAUUAUUAUAGGUUUAUGUUUUGUAUUUGCAAUUGUGAUACGAAGUAUUUUUAAACACAUUAUAGUGCUCGAUUUCAACAAAUUUCAAUCAAUAGACUGUGUAUUAGCUUGCGUGAAAGAUUGAUGAUGGGUCAUCAAACAAUAACAAAUCUUGCUGGUGUUAUUUUUGUUUGAGAUUUGAGAGCUAUACUUGGAAUAAUGUUUCGUUCGUAAGAACCUUACUAAUUUAGAUUGGUUGCUUUUGAAACCAAAGUACCCAACGUUUCUUGCAAAUUUCUGGACGUUCCGCAAAUAGCUUGCCAAUGGUUUACUAAAUAGUAUUAGCUAUUGUCAACACUUCGUUUGAAAAAAUCUUUCCCUCGAGAUAAUUCUUCGACAUAAUAUUCAAUAAUUCAAUAUUAUUUACUAUCUCGUUGCUUGAAUCAAGCAUAAAAGUGGUCACAUACAUUGAUUGAAGCAUCAUUCUAUGAGUAACUAUCAUGAUUGCGAUGUAGUAGACAUCAAAUAUUUACUUUUACAGAUAUGAAAUCAUGUUUUAAUUUGUGUAUUGUAAUUAAAAGUCUGUCCGUUGGUUUUUAAUGUUACUCCUCAUCCAUAAAAUUUAAAAGCUGCUACUCUGUCUUCAUAAAAAAUAUGUCUGUAACGUAAGCGAAAUAUGCUGAGUAUAGCAUUGUACGAUGUAUGUACCUACAAGCGUUAGAUAGAAAUACGUUAAGCACAAAUUAUGCAUUUCAAAAAUGUUUUCGUUAAAAUAUAGGUCAUGCAACAACUAAAGGGUUUGGUGUCUAUCACCUGCAAGGCAAGUAAUGCAAGAUGCCACCUUUUUGCGGUAUAACAACACCAUUCAAAGUAUUCGAAUUCAUAUACAUCAAAUGUAUAUUUUUGUCAAAAUAACUGUUAACCCGAUGCAUGUGUUAAUAGUGUAAAUUAGAUGAUAACAAACAUUCUCCUCUCGUUCCGUUGUUAAUUUCCUAGCUGCUAAUUGGUAUUCACUAAUUAUGAAGAGCACUUAUACCCACACUUUCUCUGUGUAUACACUACGAAGCAUCGAUACACUCGAAAUCUAUAAUAUAGAAAUACAUACAUACCUUAAAUCUUCUAUCACUCAAAAAGCACAACAUACAAAUAAUGUACACCCACAUUCCUAUUUAGGUUAGGUCGAUGAAAGUCUAAUUUGUGAUACCAUAGUUAAGAUAUACAGUACAUAGGACACUCUUACAAAUAGCAGAUAGAUCGUUUAUUGAAUCUGUUUUUACCCGUACUAGCGAGGGUUGGAUUUUAUUCCGUAGAACAUCUAUAGAAGUAAAGACAUAUUGUUUACUAUGAAAAAAAAAACAGAAUUGAACAAAGUAACAGAUCACCCGAAGUGUAUCUCUGUCUCUCUCUGUGUGAAGACUACAUAAUGAUUUACGAACAAUAACACGCCGCGAUUUCGUGGGAGCCAGUAAACAAAGUUUAGAUCAAUGAUACACAAACAUUUAGA